AAUAUGCCGCUUGGUCAGGGUUUGCCUCCCCGUUCGUUAAAUGGGUUACUUGAGUGGCAUUUUGCGCAAUCGAAUUUCGGGAAUAAGGAAAAGCGUUGUCUCCAAACGCAAGAAGCCAAGUCAGAUCGUGGGUACUACGCAAUUUGCGCAUUGUCGUGGUUAGGUUCGGCUUUCCGGCCUCGUACGUACUCAGACUUCGAGAAUAGGCGUAGCGACGUUCGUAUCACCCCUCCCCCACGCCGGCUAUUCAGGGACGGAGCUUGCGCAAAGUUCAAGCCGCCCUUAACGUUUGGUAGUCCUCUGCCCCCAAAGAAAUUUGGUAAUCCAGGGGAGCGUCUACGCAAAAAGAAGUGGGACCUGAAUGAGCUGCCCAAAUUUGAGAAGAACUUUUAUGUGGAGCAUCCAGAAGUGGCCAGGCUUACUCCUUAUGAAGUUGAAGAACUGCGACAAAAGAAAGAGAUUACAGUUAGGGGAACAGAUGCCUGCCCCAAACCUGUGUUUGCCUUCCACCAUGCUAACUUUCCACAGUACGUCAUGGAUGUCUUGAUUGAUCAGAAUUUCACGGAACCUACUCCAAUUCAGUGCCAGGGCUUCCCAUUGGCCCUCAGUGGUAGAGACAUGGUGGGCAUCGCUCAGACAGGCUCUGGGAAGACAUUGGCAUACUUGUUGCCUGCAAUUGUUCAUAUUAACCACCAGCCUUAUUUGGAGAGGGGAGAUGGUCCAAUUUGUUUGGUACUAGCUCCUACUCGAGAGCUGGCCCAGCAAGUCCAGCAGGUGGCUGAUGAUUAUGGAAAAUGCUCCAGACUUAAGAGUACCUGCAUAUAUGGAGGCGCACCUAAAGGCCCCCAGAUCCGAGACUUGGAGAGAGGUGUUGAGAUCUGCAUUGCCACCCCAGGCCGCUUGAUUGACUUUUUGGAGGCAGGAAAGACCAACCUUCGUCGAUGUACAUACCUUGUGCUGGAUGAAGCAGAUAGGAUGUUGGAUAUGGGCUUUGAACCACAAAUUCGUAAAAUUGUUGACCAGAUUAGGCCUGAUCGGCAAACCCUGAUGUGGAGUGCCACUUGGCCAAAAGAAGUGCGCCAGCUUGCUGAGGAUUUUCUGCGUGAUUAUGUUCAAAUCAAUGUUGGCAACCUGGAACUGAGUGCAAACCACAACAUCCUGCAAAUAGUGGACGUAUGCAUGGAGAGUGAGAAGGACCAUAAACUAAUUCAACUGAUGGAAGAAAUCAUGGCAGAGAAAGAGAACAAAACUAUUAUUUUUGUUGAGACGAAAAGACGAUGUGAUGACCUCACCCGAAGAAUGCGCAGAGAUGGCUGGCCAGCUAUGUGUAUCCAUGGAGACAAGAGUCAGCCAGAAAGAGACUGGGUACUUAAUGAAUUCCGUUCUGGAAAGGCUCCUAUACUCAUCGCUACGGAUGUUGCAUCUCGUGGGCUAGAUGUGGAAGAUGUUAAGUUUGUGAUAAACUACGACUACCCGAACAGCUCUGAGGAUUAUGUGCAUCGCAUCGGCCGCACUGCUCGUAGCACCAACAAGGGCACUGCCUACACGUUCUUCACACCGGGGAACCUGAAACAGGCCAGGGAACUGAUCAAAGUGUUGGAGGAAGCCAACCAGGCCAUCAAUCCGAAAUUGAUGCAGCUUGUGGACCACAGAGGAGGAGGUGGUGGUGGUGGAGGAGGUCGUUCUCGUUACCGUACUGUCAGUUCAGCCAACAACCCUAACCUAAUGUACCAAGAUGAGUGUGAACGGAGGCUUCGGGGAGUAAAAGAUGGCCGGAGAGACCGCGACCGUGGUGACAGUUUUGCCAAUGGAGCCGCCAAAACCUACGGCAGUGCUUAUGGAAGUCCGAAUUCCGCCUUUGGGGUGCAGCAGAGCCAAUAUGCCUAUGCCCAAGGGAGCUAUGGAGCAGCUGCCUAUGGCACAGCUGCUUAUGGCACUACUGCUGCAGAAUACAGUGCUGCUGGCUAUGCUGCCACUAGCACUGCCACUGCUGGGAGAACCGCUCAAACUGCCACCCAACAGCAGUAUGCAGGCAUAGGCCGGGCAGGCCAGCAGCCACAGCCUCUAAUGUCACAACAAUUUCCUCAGCCUCCAGGCACUAACGUGAUAGGCUAUAUGGGACAGACUGCUACAUAUCAGUACCCACCUCCACCUCCACCCCCUCCUCCUUCACGCAAAUGAGACCACUUGGCUGCUGGUGACCAGUCUAGACCUCUUGCAUUUAAAGGAACCUUUUCUUUCUUUUUUCCCCUCUGUGAUGCCUUUCUCAUGCAGGUUAGAUUUAGAAUUCACCAUCCCAAUUCCUCCUGCCCACCAAAAAUGGCCCUAAGUCCACAAUUGCUUAUCUUGUGGGUUUUUAACUAUAUAUUAUAUAUAUAUAUAAUUGACUGGAAUUUUUUAAUUUUUUUUCUUGCAUGUUGAGGAAAUUGGGACAAUUUUUUUUUUAAUUUUCUCUUAAAAGAAAAUAGGUAUAAGGCAGAUAGGUCCCAGCCCAAUCUUUUUGGUGUCUGAGGUUUGUGUGUGAAAAUUUACUGCGGGAGGUGGGGAAGCAAUGUGCUAUAAUAUGCAAACUUAAUUUCAGGAAGUAUUGAGGGUUGGGGAAUUCUGGGCAACUGAGGCAUUCUUCCUUAAUGUAAUAAAUACAAGGGAGCAGUGCUCAUUUGUUUUCUAGAUUUGAGAUUUUUUUUUCAAUAACUGAAUAUUGAUGCUUGUACUUGGCAUAACAAAACUAGUAAGGAAAACUCGGCUCGUUUGGCUCAGUUUGGAGGCAUUCUGAAUGUUGCUCCAAAGAUAGUGUAAAACUGUUCUGGUUGGCACUUUUGCAGCUGCUGGUUGCAGUUUCCUUCCUUCUGAUGUAACUUCUGUGGUGUGUGGUAAGGAAUAGGGGAAUAAAGCCCCAGUGUCAGAGACCAGAAACCUGUUUCCAUUUGGUGUGCCAAACCCCAGAUCUAAUCCGUGUAAGAACUUUGUUGACACAUAACAUCUAUUUGAAAUAUUUACCAAUGAAAAUCU